AUGCCUUUAGCCUUGACAUUCGCGAAGCCCAGCUGGCAGGCAGCAGAAGCUCUUUUACUGGAAAAUUAUCCGGAACCGGAGCCAAAGGAUAAUGAGGUUCUCAUCGAAUUCCUUGCUGCACCAGUUAACCAUCUGGACUUGCUGGUUAUCGCUGGGGGAUAUCCCAUCAAGCCAAAAUUCCAACUUAACGGGAACCACGUCGGGGGCUUUGACGGUGUGGGCCGAGUUUUGAAGUGUGGCAAAGAUGUCACCAAACUUACCCCAAGUGAUCUUGUCAUCCCAAAAGCCCUGGGUUUAGGGACAUGGCGUACACAUGCAACAUUGAUAGCGGACGAUUUGAUCGUGAUUCCCCCCACGCCGGACGUUACCUUUGCGGCAAUUCUCAAAACCUGUGUGCUCCCAGCCUAUUUGCUACUCGAGGAUAUGAAACAGCUGAAGCCGGGUGACUGGAUUAUUCAAAAUGCAGGGCUGGGAGCCAUUUCGCAGAUGAUUUCUCAGCUUGCGCAUUUGCGUGGGGUGAAAGUGAUAUCCGUUAUUCGCGAUCGUUCGCCGGGAACAGCCUGGAACACUACAGCCGACAUUGUUCUCAACGAAUCGGAAUUACCAAACGCAGAAAUUUUAAAGGGGAAGCGUAUCAUGCUCGGCCUAGACUCCGUGUUUGGACAGUCGGGAGAAAAAAUCGCAAGCUGUCUUUCAGCCCACGCAACCUUCGUAAAUUACGGCCAGCUGAGCGGUGGUGGCCCAGCAGCGUCUGUCAAUUUGACCCAUCAACAGGUUUACUGGAAUCGUUUAACUUUUCGGUGUUUCCGAGGCACUGAGCAAGUUGCUCUGCGCACUGAUUCGGAAAUCAAAGACCUCUAUGCGUGGUUUACCGAGCUCUUUGCGGAUGGCAGAUUGAAAAGCCCCAAAUUGAACAUUGUCAACUGGUCUGGUGAACGAGACAUUCUCGCUACCAACAUCCGCGCAGCGAUAGAGAGACAGCAAAGCCCCGUUUUGGGCACAGAGAAAACUGUUUUUCUAUACGAGUCUGCCACGAAAUCGUCUCAAUGCAGGAUCCCGUAUGUCGAUCUGGAAACGGCUCCUGAAGGUGUUGUGGCUACUCUGAAAAAAAUGCCCAUGAAAAGGAAUAUUUUUUAUCUGUUGUCGCAUUCUCCUGGGCUCUUCCCGCCGAUAAUGGGGGUGUAUUCAGCGUUUUUCCGAAAAGCUACCCGGACAUUGCCGUUGCUAGAUUGGCAGCUCAUAGUUCUACGAAUUGCGUCAACCCUAGAAUGCGAAUACGAAUGGAAUGUCAACGCUCCUGUGGCAAAAGUUCACGGAAUGAGUGAGGAAGUCAUGGGCGCAAUCAAGGCAUGUCGGAAAAUCACACUUGACGGAGACAACACAAACAACACGAGCCCUUUCUCGAAGAGGCAGUUAGCGAUAUUGAAAUUUGUCGAUGAGCAGCUGAAGACUUACACAAACGAGGAAGAUACGAUGGCUCAGCUGCUUGGCGUGUUGACUUAUACGGAGCUGGUUGAGGCUGUUUAUGUGAUUGGAUUCUAUGUGAUGAUCGCCAGGCUGAUCAAGGCUGUGGGCAUUGACUUGGAUCCAGAGAUUCUUGGCUUGGAAGAUAUGAUUAAGGCUGGGGUUAACUAA